AACUCAUGGUGCCACCAUGGAGAGGGAGAGUGUCGAGGGAGAACUCCAGCAGCCACAGCUUCAGCGGCCACCACAACAAACACUGGUGCCGCCGCUAGAGCCCCACCACCACUCCCUCGCGCCCUCACGCCCACCCGCCCACAAACACCACCCACACGCUCAAAAUAUCACCUCUAGUAAACCUAAUUUAAGCCGUUGUUGGAAGGAAAAAGGAUGUUAAGGGCGUUUAAGGAUGAGGAGGGAUGCACGCCAAGCGGACCUCAUUUGUUCCAGUUUGGCGCGACUUGUUUACAUUUGAACAGCUGUUGGGUGGCGAGCUGGAGGCUGGCGACGACCACACUGGAGGCUGACACUCUCACCACUGUUGCUGCUCCUGGUCAUGAUGGGCCCACACCAACACACUCACUUUGACGAUGAUGAUUUUUUGCAAGACAUAUUUGAGUCCGAUGCUAUGGAAGGUGUAGUAGACAGUAAGACAACAACUUGUAUUCAGCAUAAUUACAAUCCUGGAGUGCAUAUUUCUCCACAGAAGAAUACUAGUGAAAAUAGUUUUGAAGAAAAAAUCAAUAGAUAUGAAAACAGAUCCAAAAUUGAUAAAAACCAAAACAAAAAAUCAACCCCUAAAUUUAUCAGUAACAAAAAUGGAUGUAUGGAAAAAUAUACAUCAGAUGAUAGUUUUGAAUUUGAAGAUGAUUCUCUCUUUGAUAAUUUUUAUACUGAAGAGAAGGAUAACAUAAACCCCUUCACAACAAGUACUCCACCAGACUCUGAGUUUACCCAGAUCUUGAACCCCAAGAUUAGCAACCAGGUUCAGAUCAAUAAUGAUGUUAAAGUCAGUAGUGUAGCUGGAACUGACACUGUAAGAAAAAAAGAUUUUAGAUAUAGGCUUCUUCAAACAUUAAAAGAGAACAAUCUUGUUAGUUCUGUUUCUCAUAGCCCAACUUCACAGUCACCACAUUCACAAACUGCUAGUUGCAGUAAAUCCCCAGAAUAUAUGGUAAGUAAUGACAGAAAAAGAUCAUCUGUACACCAAAAUGACAUAAAUGAAGAGGAUGGUGCUCUAGUUGUCAAGAAACAAUAUAUAAAGUCUAAUAUUCCUAAUAAGACCUUCAAUGAAAAUUUCAGUACUCCAAGAACAAUCAGUGAUACUGCAGCUCAGAAAAGACAUACACAAACACUUCCUCUAAACAACAACCAGUUCAAAACAAACACAGCUCGAGAAGUUCAUCUCCCACAAUACCAGCAACCUUCAGCACCUUCAUCAUCACCAGUAAACCCUCCUGUGAAAGGCAUUAGAAAAACAGUUAGCCCAGGGGGGCCAGUCAUUCGUAAGAGAAAGUUUCCAGGACCAGCUGGGAUUCUGCCACAGCUGGGUUCAAAUGUUGCUGUGCCAAACAUUCAAGAAUUACAUGAGAAGACACCUUCCUCUGUUGCUCAGGAUAUAAUAUGCUCACAAAACUCUGUAGCCGACUUCUCUAGAGGACCUUGGCAGCAAAUGAUUAAUGAUUUAGAAUUGGAUCAGACUGACCUGGAAUCUCCUUUGCAUGUGUUUAAUAUUAAGUGGGUACUUCGGAGAGCCAGUCUACGAGGUCAGGCAGGUGUUCGGAAAGUUCCCUUUUUAGCUGUGAUAGUGCGCAACCUUGAUGUGACGUGUACAGAUGCUACAGCAGUGCUAAAAGAUCCAACAGGAGAAAUGAAUGGAACAAUAGCAGGCUCAGUAAUGGAUGAGUAUGGACCUUCGCUACAACCUGGAUCUGUGCUACUACUUCGAGGUGUGACAGUACUCUCACCUGUAGGUUUGAGGCCAACAGUUGGAUUGAGAGAACACAAUCGACGGCACUACCUUAACAUAACUCUAAAUACUGUGCUCACUAUUUACACGCCAGAUGAGUCUGGACAUGUUAUUACAACAUCUAUUGAAAAAGUGGAUACAAGGGAACUGUGCAAACAAGCAGCUGCUCCAGAGACAGCUGGUGGACCUCGAGCUAUUGUCGAGGAAGAGGAAGAGGAAGGACAUGGAAAUAUUCCUGCACAAAACCAUUCUCUCUUCUCUAAUGUGAACGAUUCCCACUGUCAGUUUAGAGAGUCUGCUUCCUCUCCUCGAAUUCCUAACUACAGAUCCCCAAGAUCUGCAUCAAAUAACAUCUUACCAUGCAGUUCUGGCCAGCCUCAGACAUUAAACCAGAGGCAUCCACAAGCUCAUAACAUGCAGCAGCAUGCACGUCAUUUAAGUAAUAAUAUACCUAGAGUAACAUCUUCAAACUUUAAUGGAAAAGUGAUGAGUCCAAGGCCACCAACUACAGUACCACCUUUAAAACCUCCAUGCCAGAAAUCACCCAUCCACUCAGUGGUGCCAGCUAUUUGUAACAGACCAUCAGGUUCCGGUGUUAACACAUUUAGUGAGAAGAUUAAAUCAUUAUCAAAAUGCAAUUUUUUUUCCAGUCAAGCUGAAGAGCAAGAAAUCAGUGAUUUAUUGGAUGGGGUCGAUGCAGAUUCAUUGUUUGGUGAUUUUUAGCUGUCUGAUCAAUGUAAAUAUAGCCUAUUAUGUUAAAACUUUGUUGACAUUUUGAUAAAUGUAUACAAAAACUUUAAAUUAAAUAUUAAGGCAGAUUACUAUGCAUUUAUAUAGUUAAUACAAAACAAAGAAAAGU